CCCCCGCUGGCUCGCUCGGUCGCUCGCUCCCUCGGAGAUGUCCGGGAAGAGCGCACCUGCGGCGCCCCCCGAGGACAGCUGGAUCCCCGCGGAGAAGGAGAACGGCUCCCCCGCCGCCUCGCCGCCCACGAAGAAGAAGCCCAAGUCCGGCUCGUCCAGCCUGCGCCGGGCCUUCAGCUGGCUGCGGGGCCGGCGGAAGAAGAAGGCGGCGGCGAGCCAGCCCGGAGCGCCCCCUGCGGAGGGCAAGAGGCAAGAGGAGCGGCGCAAGGGCAAAGGCGCUGCUGCCAAGGCGGAGAACGAGAAGCGGCUGAGUGUCCAGUACAAGGCGGUGGGAGAGCAGCCGGACAAUGUGUUCUUCCCCAGCACCCGCCCCCCAUAUCUGGAGGCACUCCACAUCCAGGCCCAGGCGGGACUCAAGUCCUUGCAGAACCAAGAGAAGCAGAAGACCAGAAGGAUCUGGGACCACAGCGAGACCAGCAGUGUCCAGUCUUCCCAAUCCACCGAGGGUGAUGACGUUUCCAUCCGAAGCCAAGCCUCCUCGUGCACCACAGAGAAUGCCACUGAAGAUGCCCUGUCUGUCCGCUCCGAGAUGAUCCAGAGGAAAGGCUCCACCUUCCGGCCGCAUGAUUCCUUUCCCAAAUCCUCCGGGAAGGGAGAAAAGAGGCGGAGGGAGCGGAGGACGACAGUUCUGGGGCUGCCCCAACAUGUGCAGAAGGAGCUGGGCCUGAGCAACAGGUGCGACUCCAAGAAACGCCCCGGCAGCAUUGCUGUUAGAGCCAGCCCGGCCCUGCAGCCCCUGGCGAAUGGGAAUCAGCUGCCUGGCCCUGCCAUCCAGAUCCCCACCGUCGAUGGGAAGCCUCUGCCUGCCGCCGUCCCCGAGGGGGGUGCCCGCAUCUCCCUCCAGGCUCUUGAGGCUCACGCCUCCGAGGCUGCCCUCCAGCAGCACAUCAACCGUGUCUACUACGAUGACUCGGUGCUGGGCCACAGGACGGUGGCCAAACUGUCCCCGGUGGCCAGGCCCAAGUCCUUGGCUGUUCCCUGGAUGACCACCCAGCCCAGCUCCCCUGAGCUCCUGAGCCCAGUCAUGUCCAUCUCGCCACAGGGCACCUACCUGUCGAAGAUUAUUCCGAACGCCAUUUUGCCACCCAUGGUGGAUGUCAUUGCUCUGUCCCACAACCGGGUGCGCACCCUCAGCCGUUGCAGCCUGGCGACUGCGAGCCCAGCGCUCUCGGUGCGCUCCACGGGCCACUUCCCCGCUGCCCCCCGCAGCCGCGAGCACUCCUCCUCCAGCGACAACUGGAGCCAUUCCCAGUCCACAGAGACCAUCGUCUCCAACGCAUCCACCAUCUCCUCCCACGGGGGCCCUGGUGGCCAGAAGGACGAGGCUGAGCUGAGCAGCGCUGGCCCCCCUGCAGGCAGGCCUGACCCCGACUGGCUCACCUUCGUCAACACCGCCAGCCCCACCCAGGCCAGGGUCAAGGCCACCCCCUCCUCCCCCAGCCUCCUGGGGGUGCGGCCGUUGGGGAGCAGCGGCCGAGCCUCACCCACUUAUAGCACCGGCAGCGUGGCAGAGGGCUCGGAUGAUGCAAGUGUGCGCAGUGACCGGUCCUCGACCCGUAGCGUCUCGCUCAGGAAAAUGAAGGUGGCCCCCCUGCCUCCCCGGAGGACUUAUUCCUUGCACCAGAAGGCUCAGCAGCUGGAAGCCGAAGGGGCACCCCGAGGAAUGGGGCUGCCUCCCAAGCCAGAGCGGAGGCCCCCCCGGGAAGGUGCCGAGCACCCCAGCCUGGCCAACGAGGAUGACGUCUUUCCCCCCACCUCCCUGAGUGGGACUGGCAGCCUUCAGUCCGACAGCCCGGCCUGCUCUCCAGACAUCUCUCACCGGAUCCCAGUGACUGUCAGCAAACUGCAGGAGGCUGAAGGGGGCCGGGGCAGUGAGGCCCAGGAGCCCGGUUCUCCCGACCGCUUUGGCCGCACCAUGUCUCCCUCGAGUGGGUAUUCGAGCCAGAGCGGCACCCCCACCCUCCACACCAAAGGCCUCCUUGCCCACGCCGCCUCGCCCGGGAAGAAGAGGCCCCAGCCAAAGAAGCCGGAGCGCGGCUGCUCUCUGCAGUCCCCGGGACCCUCCCUCUCCUCCUCCUCCCUGACGUCCCUGUCCUCCUCGGCCUCCGACCCCGCACCUCCUGAAGGGGCAGUCCUGCCUGCUGCCGGCCCCCUCCCCGGCUCCUCUCCGGCCACCCUGCGUCACGUAGAUCACUUCAUCAUCCCUCCCCACCCGAAGGUCCCAGCGCCCUUCUCCCCACCACCCACCGAGCCAAAGACCAAGGAAGCAGCCAAGGUCCCACUGCUUCCCAGCAGCCAAGCCCCGAAGCAGCCGAGCCCUCUCGCCAAGAAGGGGUCACCCCCACCAUCCCCGCCGCCAGCCUACCACCCCCCUCCGCCCCCUACGAAGAAGGCCGAGCAGAGUCCCGUGGACCCUGGUGCUGCGCCAGUUCCUUCCGAGACUGGGCUGGGGGCUUCCGCAGACCCCCUGUGGCUCCCUCCACCCCCACCCCCCGCAGACGAGCCUGAUCUCUCCAUGGCCGACUUUCCUCCGCCGGACGAGGCCUGUUUCCCACCGCCUCCCCCGCUCUUGCAGACUGAGUCUGCGGAAAUCCCCUCUGCAGAGGCAGGUGCUCCCGAAGCACCCCCAGGCCCCCAAAGAGCAGCCCCUGCAGGGCAGGAAAGCGGAGCGCCCGCCUCCUCGCUUUCCUUCUCCAGAAAGGUGUCUGCGAAGAUCCUGCAGCAGGGAGUUCCGGGCCGGGCACCUCCGCCAGUCCCAGUCACAGAGCCGUGUCCACCUCCCGUUUCUCCAAAGAGGGAGCCAUCCAGCUCUCAGCUCGGCCCCAGAAACCCCUCGGUGGCCUCAGUGACGGCUGCGCCCCCGCCUUCCAGCCUCCCCACCCAGAUCAAGAAGCCAUCCAACGGCUCCCAUCCCGACCUCAAGAAGGAACCUGCUGCUCGCAGCAAGGGCAACUCGAUGCCCAAGGAGGAUGCCAGUCUGCCCAUUGUUACGCCAUCCCUGCUGCAGAUGGUUCGCCUGCGCUCCGUUGACGUGGACGCUCACGGUCCUGCAGUUGGUCUGGCUGGGACUGAGUCCCCCGCGGAGCCCAACAGGCCGAACGUGGCCGCAGACGGGAAGAUGGGAUCCUCCGCCCCCCAGAAGCCCCUCCGCAAGUCCCUGUCCCUGAGGGGGGGCCAGCCUGCCUUGAAAGAAGCGGUGAACCCCCUGCACGAGGCUGUGCGCUUGAAGGCCUCCACCUUGUCUUCCAGGGAGGCAGCAAGUCUUGGAAUGGCUGAGAGGAGGACCGGGAACCGGGCGGUGCUGCCGGGUACCCCUGCCGUCGAGAUGAACAACGGCCCGGUGUCCCCCCUCCGCAAAUCCCCCGCUUCCACUGCCAGCUUCAUCUUUGCCAAGAGCCCCAAGAAGCUGGUCGUCGAGACGGCGGCCUCUUCGGAGGCCCAGGCUGGCCUGCAGAAGAGUCUAGUGGCCGAAUUGAUGACUAUCUCCAGCCAGCGAUCCACAGCAGCCCCAGGGCUCCAUCUGCAGGGCCCGGCCAAGGCCUCCCAGCCCCAGAAGGUCCCCCCUCCCGUCGCCAAGAAGCCUUCUCUUGGGCUGGGGCACUGGCAGUCCCCCCAGGGCCCAAAGUCCACCGGAGCCAAGGGUCCGGUGGUCGGGGAGAGGACUAGGAACGUGGGGAUUGCAAGCCAGGCCCUUCCCGUGGAGCCCCGUGAUGACGUCAGACCCCCAGCUGGGCCUGAAGACUGGCUGCAGAGCCCCACAGCACAAGACGUAAAAGAGGAGGUGGCGUGAAGGAUGACCCUGCGGUACACGUGCCUGUAAGAUACAGGGAUUUAAAAACAAAAAUAUUCUCAGGGACCUCAUUAGGGCCAGAAGAGGAGCUUUGAUCCAGUGACACCGAAGAAAACAACACAGCCUUAGUCUCUCAUGGCCUUGAUAUUUAUGCAACAGUGGUAUUGGUUUGGAUUUCUUCAGCGAUAUGGCUCUCUCUUCCACCUGGAGACGAAGGAGCACAUCGCCUUUCCACAAUUCCAUCUCCCCUGGACUAGAACCUUGCACCAUCAGUCCUGCUUGGCUUGGUGGUGUUCAACCCCCUCCCCCCUUUUUUUGGCGUGAGGAAACAGCUUAAGGAAGCGUAAGAUGAAGACAACUUAAUCCUGCCCGGUAUCUGCAGGGAAGACGGUCAAAGCUGAAGCAGCUUGUCGCAGUUUCCCCCCCACAAGAUGCCUUUUUUUUUAAUUGGUUGCAUUGUCUGUUGCUGCUCUGUGUGUAUUGGGCUGGGGGGAGAAAAUGGCCUGUGCUUGCACACCUGGAGUUGCGUGGCAUGGAAGCACUUUCUCAGAUAGCAGCAGGACAUGAUGGGGACGGCCACUGCAGAAGAGUCCUGCUCAGCCUUCUUGAACGGUGCUGGGCCCAGGCUCCAAAGGGUGGAUGGAAGAGGCCCCGUCGGGCAGCCUUGCUCUUAAUCCCCAGCGUCAGCCGGGCUUCUGCGGGCAGAUGGUGGCUGUCAGAAAUGGCUGAUGCUGGGUGGAGGGUGCUGGUAGGGAAUACCCCCCCCCCGCAUGCACCUGCUAAAGCACAAAUGGCAGCAUGGACGAUGGUGGUUGUGGGCAGAUGGCGCAGCCACGGAGACAGAGUUUUUCCAGUCUGUCUGCGCUGCCCGUUUUGGACGCUGUUCCCAUUGCCUUGCCUGGGCCGUGAGUGUGGUCUUGUCGCAGCGCCUCGUGGGGGUGGGAGAACCUCUGCGCUGCCUUGCAGUGGUUGUGGGGGCAGCUUACAAAACAUUGUUGAGGCUUGGCAAGUGGAGGCAACAAUCUAGAACGUAGCUCUUCACUGCCAAAAAAAAGAGAGCAAAACACUGAAUUUUGCACCAAAACAUUCCAGUCUCCUGUCAUGAGGACAAAGGAUCCACUGGAAAAUUGGGUGGGUGGGGUCUCUUCAAGUUGGCCUUUCCUUCUCUCCCACCCACCAAGAAAUCCAAGUGAUAACGUCACCUGGGCGCUUGCACUUGUAUUUUAUUUGUGGUGAAUUUGCCCAUGCCUUGCUGAUGGGCACAGUGAGAUGCAGGGUGAUGGGAUCUGAUUUAGGUGCCCUUCUGUGGGGUGGCUGGGAGUGGGAGUGUUGAGCAGCUCAUGCUAGAAGCCCUGGGUGCUCUGGGUCCCAAAACCCGCUCAGAUCAAAGCAGGUUGAAGGGAAAGCCUUCGUGCAGAAACACUCUGCGGGGUGAACUGGGGUCUCCUGAUACUGCCAGGAGUGUCUGCAGCGUUCUUGCCAAAAGGACAGAAAGGAGCAAGGGGGUCUUCCCCCCCACUCCUGGCAUGGCUAGCAGUGGCUCACCGACUGUCUCCGCUGGGACUGGCCUGCACAGAGGUCUCUGUGGCACCAAGAAUGGGGCAAGGGCAGCCUCUGCCAUCCCGGGGGCCCUCCAGCUGCCAGAUCAGUUGCAAGGCCCACGGUCUUGGCUGAUAGCCGUACUGGCUGGGGAUGACGGAGGUUAGGGCUGUUACAGGCAGUCCAGUCUGGGCAGAUGUGGCUGGGGACCAGAAGGGUGGUUCUGUGGCCUCCUGCUAGAAGGGCAAGAAAAGAGCUGGGCGCAGUUAGCUCUUCAGACUAAUGAUUAACUGUGUUCAUAGUUGACAGGGUGGGCUGAGAGGGUAGCCGGUGGUGCUGACUCGGCCCCAGAGGGGAGUUUGCUCGUGGGGAGCCUCUGCAGAAGGAAACCGCUGCCUCCUCGUGCCCCUCCCUCCUGGGGUCCUUCCCAAAGAACCACGUGUGCCUGAGGUGGCAAAUGUCCCCCCGGGCCCUCGGCUGCUGGGCACCACCCCGGGAGGCUUGCCACCAUCCUCACAGGGGUCAGGGUUUUAAUUUCGUGACGGAGACCCAGCUCGGCAUUGCUAGUGCAAAGCUGGGGCUUCGUUCUUCAGCUGGCACACGAAGAGCAGGGGCAUCGGGGCGAUGGGGAAGAAAACAAUUGGGAUGGUGGUCGCAGCACCAUCUUGACUUUGGCCGCUCUCGUGGAGAGCCAGCAGGGUGGAACGUCACGGUUGCAAUCAAGACCAAAAAGUUUCGUCUGUUUUUGUCUCUCCCCCAACCUACCAAUCAACGCUGCACCCCCCCACCCCCGGUUUGCUUUUGUUUUCUGUUCUUGGGCAGCAGCAGUGGCUGGUGUCUACACUUUGAAAAACCCUGGGGUGGGUCCUUUGAUUUGAUUUCCACCAUGGUGGAGAAAGGGAAGGGUUGCUUUUUUCAAAAGAAAAAAAGAUGGUCAAUUCUGUUUUAAACAAGAUUAAUGUGCAUUUGUAAAAUGUAUGAUUAAAAGCUUGCUUGCUGACUCU